AUGGUGCUAGCAUCAAGGGCAGUACUGUCUUGUGGUGAGACGGGCGGGGGAGCUCGCUCUCGUCGCUAUGUGGGCCUCUACACCGGACCUUACUUCGACCCCGCAGCUCCAAAUAACAUCACUGCUCAGCUUGGCACCCACGCAUAUCUACCAUGCAAGGUCCGUCAACUGAGUAAUAAAUCUGUAUCCUGGAUAAGACGUCGUGAUGCUCACAUUCUAACCGUGGACCGGUUCACCUUCAUUGCAGACGAGAGGUUCCAGGCCUUCCUCGUAGAGGCCACGGACACCUGGACACUUCAGGUUAAAUACGUGCAAGCUCGGGACGCCGGAGUAUAUGAGUGUCAGGUUGGCACCGAGCCCAAGAUGAGUCACUUCGUGCAACUCAACGUCGUCGUGCCAAAAAUUGAGAUUGUCGGUGAAUCCGACCUGUAUGUAAAGGCGGGUAGCACUGUCAGCCUGAAGUGCGUCAUCACCCAGGCCCUCGAGGAGCCAGCUUACAUCUUCUGGUACCACAACGAUGAGAGAGUGCUAAAUUAUGACAGAAGUCUAGUGGAAAUUCGAAUGGAACGUUUGGCACCAGAUACUACUAUCGGAAAUCUGAUCAUCUACAACCCACGCCGUGAGGAUUCUGGCAACUACUCGUGUUCACCUUCCAACCUGGAUUCCGCCUCCGUUGUACUCCAUGUCCUAAGCGGAGUUCUAAACUUUGCAGGUGAGCAGCCCGCAGCGAUGCAACACGGUAACAGUGCACCUGCCCCUUCAGCGCUGCCCUUGCUAGUAGCGCUGCCUUUGCUGCUGAAUACUCUGCCCACAUUGGGCUUGAUGUCGAUGGUGUUCCGCGCUGCACCACGUCCCGAACGCGUACUAACACUGCUCGCACUUGCCUUGCUCAUACAACUGCAGUGCCAUGAUGACGAUACACCAAAAUAG